GGUUCGAUUUUACGAAUGUGGGUUGGCCGACGAGGAUCGGGCUCGUGGGCGACGGGCACAUUGUCGGGACGGGAUCGUAAACGAGGGGGAAAACGACGGAAAAAGGUAAAAUCAAUACUCUGGUACUCGCUGGGACCGCGAACGGCGCUCGUCGCGACGGCGACCGCGGCCGUCGAUGACGACGACGACGACGGAAAGCGUGUGUGCGGCGAAAACUGGUGUGCGGCACCUCUCCUCGAGGACAUCCGGUCCACGUCGUCGGUGCCGGUUACGAUGCACGCAUUGAUCAUCAUGCUGUACUGCAUUAUCUUCUUAAUCGCUGUUACUGCACGGGCGAACGCUUAUUGGCCCUUACUCAAGGAACAGGAUUUAUUGAGCGACGACUUUCUGCGAAUAUUGGUCAAUCAAUUGGGAAACAAUUUGAAUGACGCCGAUUCGUACUUAAGCGAUGAAUACCCGGAGAAAGCCAAGGAAUUGCCCAUGGAAUUGCCGACUGAUUACGACAGCAUGGACACGCUAAAUCCGAAUCCAAGUAUACGAGAUCAGGAAUAUCUGCAACAUAGCACGCUCUGGAGUCAUCGGUUCGAUGAUAAGAAUAAUAACAACAAGGGCUAUAACAGACAUAGGAUUCAAUCUGGUCUGAAAGGACUCAAGGACGAAAAGGCGGAAAAUCCUUUACCAGCUUAUUGCACUCCUCCGAAUCCUUGUCCAGUUGGAUACACGAGCGAGAACAAUUGUCUCACCGAUUUCGAAAAUACGGCGGCGUUUAGUCGCGACUAUCAAAGCGCGCAGGAUUGCAUGUGCGACACGGAACAUAUGUUAGAAUGCUCUAACGAUUCUGGAAGCAGCAACAGUUUGUCGAACAUGCAUAUCUCGAAUUCCGAUCUUAAUCAGAUUGUCGAACAGUUCCAGGAUGAAAAUCCAUUCUUUCAAGGAGAGAAAUUGCCAAUAGCUGCAAAGAAAGGCAUACACGUGAUCGAUUAAAGAUCACGCAGAAGCAAACGUGAGAGGAAACUUGGGAAACGAACAUCAAAGCAUAAUACAAAUUUUACUGAUUGAAGUUCGAAAUGAAAACCAAAAACAGGGCUUUUAUUUAAAUAUCGAUUAUUAGAUGCGUAAUUAGGCACCGCCUAAGAAUAAUAAACAAAACUCACGCAUUUACGCAGCGUUAAAGCGUCAAACAUUGAGAAACGUAACGUUUCCAAGUCUGAUGAUGCACGGACAAAGUUCUUAAAUGGACCACGGCUGUUUAUCAGCGGGCAUAUUAAAAUACACACACACACAUAUAUAUAUAUAUAUAUAUAUAAAAUUUCUUUUUUCAUAGAACCAUUAAUAGAAAACUUGUCAGAUACAUGUAAUCGCAUACAUGUACGUUUUACGAGAUGUCUAUAUUUGUGCGAUCGUUCAGUUUAGAGAACACUUUUUUUUACACGUUGAUAUUCUUUCAGUCCAAAGAAAUGCAUGGAGUAUUCCGUAAGAUUUGCAAAA